AAUCCUUGAACUUUCGGUCCGUUUUAAACUUGUUUUCGCGAAAGAUCUUAGGAAAGAUUCCCUAAGUUCUGUCACCAAAGCUACCAUGCCAAGGCGAUCUUCAAGCAGAGGAAAUCACCGACGGAGUUGACAACAACGAGCGAAUUACUCUGGAAGACCUCCUCCGCACACCUGAUGGUUGCAACAACAAACCUGUUUCUUGAUCUUCAAAGCCUUUACAGCUAGCACGGACAGCAGAAUCUUACUUUUGGGCGAGGACGAUAACCUUCGAGAAGCAAAAAAAAAGUCAAGCUCACAAAUAUACCUUGCGCAACUGUGGGAUUAUUGUAGCAUCAGAUUAUCGGAUUGAUCGACUGAAGACUUCGAUAAAGAAAUGACUGAAUAUACAGAAUCGACUGAGCACGAUGGUGUAGCUUCGGUUAGUGACGAAUUUGUGAAUAGUUUAUUAAAUGCAAAGCGUGAGAGAGAUAAAGCAAUGUCAAAUGAGGUGAGGUCGCAGGUGCAAAACGAGUGCAAAGCUUUUGGCGGCGAGGAAUUGGCGAAACAGAAAUGGGAAGAUGCCGCAAAAAUGAUCGCUUUUCAAAGAGCUAAAGAGAAAGAAGGAACAGAAAGCAGUGAGAGUAAAAGGGACAAGUUGCAACAGGAACAGAAGAAAUUGAGGGACGAUUGGAUGCGAGAGGAAACAGAAAAGAAGCGGCAACUGGAAGAACUUCGUCAAGUUGAGAAGAACAAGGCGAGAGAAGAAGCAGAUAAACUGAUGUCUCUGGAAUUUCAAAAACUUCAAGAGACCGAGAUGGCCAAACAACAAGAAACAAAAGAUGUUUUUGCCAAAGAACAAGAACGGAGAUUGCUAGAGGAAGCGAAGCAGACAGCCGAAGAACAGAAACGGCUGGAAAAACAAAAAGAGGUUGAGCGGGAAAAAUUGAAACACUUGGAACAGGAAAUGGAACGCGCGGAACACGAGCAAAAACGUAAACUGGAAGAACAGAAAAAGCAGGAAGAAGAAUGGGUUCAAUUUGCGCAAGAGAUGAAACAGAAACAAGAGGAAAAGGCCAGAGAAGAAGCUGAGAAACAGCGACAGUGGCAAAGAGACAAACAGAAAGAAAAUGAAGAGAUAAGUCAGUUUGUGGAAAGACGGAAAGCUUUGGAAUCAGAGAGAAAGAAAAUGUUUGAUGAGGAAAGGGGGAAGACAUCUGAAGAAGCUCGCCUGUUCGAGUCGGAUGUGCGACAACAAUUUUUGGCGAAACAGGAAAAGGUCGUUACGGAAUUGUUACAAAAUGAUCAGGUGAAGGAUGAGGUCAGAAAACGAGAGGAAGCGGAGUUGAAGAGGAAGGAGCGCGAGGAGAAAAGGCAAGAAGAUGAUAAGAGAAAGCUAGAGCUUGAAAAGCAACUAAUGGCUGGGGAGAAGGAAAAGAGAGAAAAAGAACAAAGGAUGAAAGAGGAGGAAUGGAAGAGAUAUCUUGAUCAGUUGAGACAGAAAGAAGAUGAAAAAGUCCAGAGGGAUACUGAACAACAAAAGCGAAUGGCAGAACAGAGAAAAGAGGACGAGCAGAAAGCUGCCGAGAUGGCUGAAACACAACGACGCGCGAGAGAACAGCGGCGCAAGGAAGAGCAUGAAGCCAUGAAGACUGCGGAAAGACGACGGCUUGAACAAGAGCAGAAACGAAAAGAACUUGAACAAGAACGCGAAGAAUCAAAGAAAAGAGUUCUACUCCAAGAUCAGGAGAAAAGAGAGCAAGAAAGAUCGAAGCAGGAAUUAGCGAUGCGUAAACAAGAGCAGGAGGAACGAUUGAGAGAAGCUAAUAAAGAAAAACAGGAACAAGAAGCCCGAAAGCUUUUAGAAGUGCGGCGAAGGAGACUUGAACAGAACGAGGAACAAGCUGCUGUGAACGAGGCAGAGCUUCUUGAGCAGAAGAACAGGAAGGAUCAAUGGUCCAAGGGGGCAAUUGACAGUGGGAAGAUGCUGUUGGAGGAGAGUCGCAGGUUAGAGGAGAAGUUUCGAGAAGAGGCGGAGAGGAAGAAACGACAACGCGAGGAAAUGCAGAAGAAGGAGUUACUGGCCAUGAAAGAGGCCGAAAAUGAGCUCAUGAGACGAGCACAAGCUCUGAAACAGGAAAGUUCGUUCAGCAACGAUCAGCAAGGUUCUUCUUCAGCUGGUACAGAUACUGGAAGGGAUAGAUCCCAACGCAAAUUGAAGAAAGGAUUUUUUGCGUCACUUUUUGGGCGUAAAUAACAGUUAAACGUUUUGCGUGACACGAUCAUGGGUCAAAUCACGACAGACAGGUUCCAAAUUUGAAUGGCCCUUAACUGUUCACAUUUUAACAUCAGUAUUGAUAUUCUCCACGCCCUUCUCUAUACGUUUCCUAUGACACUGACAGAGAGAAUUGGUUUAACAAUGAAAGUUUCUUAAAGGGGAACUGAAGCCUAAAAUUGGUAUAUUGUUUGCAUUCAUUUCAAGUUAGCUUUAGAGGAUUAAGAUAAAGUGUCGAUAUUCAUUUUCGUUCACUUCUUGUUUUUUACGAGAAAAUUCGAUUUGAAGUUACCUUUUUCUCGCUUUUGGGGCUGUAAGACCGUCGGCUCAAAAUAGGUCAGUGGCGGUCGUUUAUGACGUCAGUGGUGGGGAACCAACUUAAGAAAA